GCCUGUGUCUCUUCCUUGUCAGCAUGGAUGCCCACUUCAACUUUCGCUCGGUGUUUUAGUAUUCGUCUUUUAUCUCCUGUUGUAGAUAUUUUGAUGGUGUUGUUUUUUUAGUGGUUCUGCUCGUCAUGUUUACCACCACUGGCUCUCGGGGCCUCUACAAGGCUCCUCUCUCAAAAGGCUUGCUGUUGGUGUUGAAUGGGUUGACUGUGAUGCUCACCCUCCUGCCACAGUACCAGCACAUGUUUGAGUACAAUUUGCAGGCCAUUACUCAACACAACCAGUUUUGGAGAUUACUAUGUGGGAGAAUUGUGUGCCUCGACAUCAAAGACUCUUUUUGUAGUAGUCUGCUCAUCUACAACUUCCGUAUCUUUGAAAGGAGGCUUGGUACCCGCAAGUUUGCUUCUUUCCUGCUGGGCACCUGGUUUUUGUCUGCACUGAUGGACUUCCUGCUGACACAAGCCUUUCAGUUUCUUUUUGACUAUGAGGUGGAAGAACUGCCUGCUGGAAUGCUGGCACCAGUCUUUUCUCUUUUUGUGCCUUUUUACAAUUCAAUCCCCAGGAUGCCAGUGACCCAGAUCUUGGGUCAAAUCCACAUCACUAAUAAGUCUCUGGUUUACAUUGUUGGCUUGCAGCUGCUGACAUCCAGUCCUUUCAUGUGGCUUCUUGCUCUCAGUGGUCUGAUAUCAGGUGCACUGUACCAUUGCAAUUUUCUUAAGAUGCAAAAGCUUGUCUUUGUGCCUGCAUGGGUCUCUCGUUUGGGCCGUUGUACCCUGGAGCCUGUUUUUUCAAGUACACAGCCUGUCAGUGAAACACCUAUAGGGAUGGGAGCUACACUAGAUAUCCAGAGGCAACAGAGGAUGGACAUGCUGGACCAACAGCUGCUGUUUGCUCAGUACAAUGAGGCCCGGAGAAAUGCAAGACUUCAGCCUCAGGCUGGUUUAUUACAGUGGACUAGGUUGUUUCCAUCAUUGCGGCACAGAGGACAAAACCAUCCCACUGCGCAGCCUCGGCCCCACGGUCAAGCUCAUGCCUCUACACAGCAACCACAGCUCGACACCUCACCUGCUUCAGAGGAACAGGUUGCAAGGCUUGUGGAAAUGGGCUUUUCCAGGAUCGAUGCCCUUGAAGCCCUCAGAGCCUCAAACAAUGAUAUCAACAUGGCAACCAAUUUCCUCCUGCAACAUUGAGGGGUCUGUAGAUAUACGACUGGAUUAGGGCAGACUCAAGUCCGAAGGCAGAGUGAUGCUUAGCAGGAUGUGAAGAGUGAAAUGAGGAUGUAACAGAUGUACAGAUAACGGUUAGAGCCGUGUGGCAUGGUGCACACACCCAAAGACUUAUGGCUUGUUGGUAUCUGUCCAAGAGGUUCCCAUGAGGGAACUGUGAAAUUUCCACUGAGAGAAUAUGGAGAGUGGAGCAACAAUUGCAGUUUAGCAUUAAUGCUUUGCUUAAUGGGAAAUCUAUGUCAAAGGAUGUGGUGAAAAACAGAUGUAAAAGCACAGUUCUCACACACGUGUCAAAGGAUGUAAUCAAGUGAUAAUUUGUCAUAAUUUUUAUGAUAAAGGUUUACGUUUUUGUAAAAACUGCAGAGAAAAAAUACUCAGUCAUAGGUAUUGUGUUGACAAAAUUGGAGGAAAAUACUUUUUAAUCAUUGGAGAUAAGUUAUGAAAAGUUACAAAAUAUCUGAAAUGGAGUUAAUGAUGUUUGGUCACUUCUCAUAAAGCUGACCCAGUUGGCUGUUAAUGGAUAUGAGGCCAUACUUCCAUUUAUAAUGGGAUGGUGUUACUCAGUGACUCGUGACCAUGCAGUUAGUCAUCAUGCAUUAAUCUCAGGAGCUCCCUGGUGACUUGUUUCAUUUAUACUUUACAUAAGUAAAGGCACACACCAGCCCUAAACCACUUUGUCUCCACAUUUUGAUACCCUCCAGGCUGUGUUUAUGUUCUUCACAAGUUCUGACAGUCCAAACUUAAGCAGUCGGGUUUUAAAUGUCAGAUAUUUAUUAUGCAAAAAUAUGGCAAGUGGUACUUUGUGUAAAAAUGUAACUAUCCACUUCUCUUCAACCACUGUGUGCUGAUGUACAAUAACCAACGAUAAAUGCUAGUUUUCUAUUUUGUGCAUAAUAUUUAAUAUAUGACAUCAGUUGAGCUUGUUGGUGUGUAUGCAGUUUAAUUUAAGAGUGAUUUAUCAGUUUUGGUUAUGAAGAAGUAGUUGCAUGGCCAACAUGUGUAUGAAAGAUAUAUUUUGUUCUGUGGAAUAAAUAAGUUUACUUGUUU